AUCUCCCACCUAUGCGACAUGAUUCUUUGGCACGCGGUUGAUAGGCGAUGAGACGAUGUACGGCGCUCCGCCCAAGCAGCUUUGGGGCAUCGAGUCUUCACCAAGCUAAACGAUGGCACUCUUACGAUAAAGCCUCUCUGACGAAAGAGGCCCUGUUACAGAAAGUCGAAGCUGGCCUUGGACGCGAUGCGGACGGCAAGCCACUCAAGAUCGAUGCCGAGGCCAAGACGAUAGCAACGGCUGCAGGAGAUCUUCCCAUCUCACCGAUAUUCGAUCCGGCAUGGAUGCAGGCCAGGCGGAAGACUGCAAAAGCUGCUCCUGGCCCUCCGCUUGGCCGGUUUCGACGGAAGCUGGCGAAUAACCCUUUUGCACAGGCACUCGCUACGCCAGUACGGAGAUGUCCCAACACCGCCACCAGCUUGCCGCGAUACUUCCUACAAGAUUUUGAGCUGAUACAGCACCCAACCACCGGCAAGGCGUGGUGGGCUCCCGGCCCGUUAGCUUUUGAGCAUGUCCAGCCUACGAAACGACUCGACGAGGAAGAGCCCGACAUCAGCAAAGGGCUCGAUGGAGAGGCCUCGGCAAGGAACCCCCGAUCAGCCCCUGUAGCAGGCCAGAAAGACGACACUGCGGAUUCCGAGAAGGAUGUCCGACGGCCGCGCAGAGCACCCAUCACGAGCUACACGCUGAACCGCAAGCCGCUCGUUGACAUGAUUGGCGGGCGAAACAAGAAAUACCUCUCCGUGCUGCUGGCGGUCCGAAGCGGCAUGGCUAUAUCCCCCGACAGUCGGGAUGCAGUGUGGAGGGAGGACAUGGGCGAUGUGCUGCUGCAGAUGAUGCGUCAACAGGCAACUGAUGCGCUAGCUCUUCGUGGCAACAGGCUACAGUCACACGAAGACAAGCACAGGUUCAUCGAGCCCUGCGCCAGCUGGAAGGAUGUCGAAGGAGUCAAGCUGCGGGGUUGCGUGCUUUGGCUGCCGGAAAAGAAAGACGCCGCACGUCAGUACGCGACGCUGGAUAUCGAGGGAGUCCAAUACGGGAAGAAGAUGGUUGUGCAUAACCUGUAUUGGCUGCUUGGCGAGCAGGAGGUGCAGCGGCUGAGGGAGUCGGCCGAGCUGUUUCGAGAGGGAGAGAUAUUCGUGCUGAAGCAAUGGGGGAGCACGAGCAUGAUGAGGCUGCACAUGCUGCUGUGGAGGCUACAUGGCUAUCUGGCAGAACCCGAAGCAGAUACUCCGCGAUUGCCCACCAUGCGCGCUGCCAACCCGGAGCUGGUCCAGCCCGAGGACUGGGCACGACCCGACAAGCCCUCCUUCAACACGCCCGUCUUCCUCAUCCACGACGGCGGCGGCACCACCUUUGCCUACCACUGCCUCGAGGUCCUGGGCCGCUACGUCUACGGCAUCCACAACCCGCACUUCUACACCGGCGAUGUCUUCGAGGGCGGGAUCCCGGAAAUGGGCCGCCUGUACGCGCGAUGGAUCCGGGAGACGGUGCUGGAGGACGGCUUCCCGGCGAGGGCGAGGAACCACGACGGCACCGUCAGCGUCAUGCUCGGCGGAUGGAGCCUGGGCGGGCUGCUGAGCUUGGAGAUUGCGCGCCAGCUGGCCGUGGACGACGCGAUUCGGGUGACGGGCAUCCUCAUGAUUGACAGCAUCUAUCCGGGCAACGAAGACGACACGUCAUCCGACGAGGCCUCAACAAUAGAAAGCGGCCUGACGCAGAACCAGAUCCGUUCCAAGCGGUGCAUGGCCGAGGCGGUACGCAUGAUCCGACAGUGGCGUCUACCCGAAUGGCGUGGUAGAUUGUACAAUCGACGACCCAAGGUGGUGCUGCUGCGUGCGAAGGAAUACGUGCCGACAAAGGACGGCCGGAUGGUCGGGCUGGAUCUGAAUCGGGAGGACGAGAUGCUGGGUUGGGGCGAUUAUGACGAUGAAAUGUUUUGCGAUGUGAUGGAUGUGGAGGGCCAUCAUUUUGAUAUCUUUGCGUUUGAGCGAAUAGAUGGCAUUACGAGGGCGGUCAAGAAGGGGCUGGAUAGGCUGGAGGAGUGUUCGCAGAUGAUGAUGUAUGGGGAUGGAUGGUAA